AUGCUGCGCACAAAGCUACCCGAUCUUAGUGCAACACCAAAUCUUAAAAGAAGAACGGAUGCCGUAUGCAAAAAACAAUUACAAUUACGACAAAUGUUGUUAAAUCCAAAAGCUUUUCUACAAACAUAUGGAAAACGAUUUUUGGCCGACAAGAAGAAAGCGGUAAAAAAGAAAGCUGUCAAGUGUAUACAAGAUACCGAUCGCGCAUGGUUUGGAACACAACGCGGUGGACAAAUACGACAAACAAGUAGAAAACCUCAUAAUAAACUGCCAACAGUCUAUCAAUAUUAUCAAUAA